AUGCCUUCCACCAAGCGUCGCGCUUUGCUCAUUGCAAGCCCCUUUGGGGAGCUCGAGGGGCCAGAGAAUGACGCUGCACUGAUGUCCGAAAUUCUCCGAAAGCGGGGUUUCAAAGUCUAUCAGUGUUGUGGUUCUGCGGCGACUCGCGAUGGUAUUCGUUCUGCUUGGCAGAACCUCAUCCGCAAAAUCUCCGCCGAUGAUACUGUUGUUGUCUACUAUUCAGGUCAUGGCGGAGAAGCGCUUCGAGUAAAGAGUGCGGACCAACAGGAUUCUCAAAUGGCAAGGCGGCUACAAUUUAUCGUUCCUAUGGACUAUAAGGAAGUUCCAGGAGAGUUUCAUGGAAUUUCAGAAGAUGAAAUUUCUCAAUGGCUGCUUGAUACCACAGAAAAAACGCGAAAUGUCACCGUCAUAAUGGAUUGUUGUCAUUCCGGUCGCAUGGUGCGCGAUUCUCGAUAUGUCAAAAAUGCUAAGCGGAGGAAUCUCCCUACAGUCAUUUAUGAUGAUAUCGUCCGCCACGUCCAGUCUCUGUAUGAUAAGGGUCUUUUGCGCGAGCGCACGCAGCUGGGGGAUAAUCCUCACGCAGUUCGGAUUGCCGCCGCGGCACCUUGGGAGAGCGCGUUUGAAUAUGAAAGCGAUUCGGGUGUGCAACUUGGUGCAUUAACCGAGGCUCUUGCUCGUGUGAUAGAACGAGCAGGGAAUAAUCAUAUCUCUUGGAGGACACUGAUGCUUGAGGUGCAAGAAUUAGUCAACAUGUCUUUUCCACAGCAGCAUCCGCGAGUUGAAGGACCGCAGAGUCGCUUUUUAUUUUCUCUGGACUGUCGAAACUCCAAUUCCUUCCUCAUCACACAGGGUGUUGAUCAAACAGCUAUUAUAAAAGCUGGCAGGAUUGCAGGAGUCAGAGAAAAGGACACAUACGCGGUUAUGCCACCUGGAUCGGAAUGUGUGAACCUGAAAACUCAGAUCGCCACUGCAACCAUCCAAGAGGCUAGCAGCUUUGAUGCUGUGGCAAUAAUCACUUGGAAAAACGGAAAGUCCAGACUACCUGAUGGAGGCGCACUAGCGUUUUUCAUCGAAGAAAAUGACAAAAAAUGGCCAGUCUUUGUUACGGCGAAUAUUGCCGCACUUCAGAAGCAAGUCGCGCUGUCCAGACUUAUUAGGUGCAGCUUCGAUGGCGAGAGGAGCCCACUGCUCAAAAUUUGCCAGCAGAAAGGCAAACUCUUGGUGAUCAACAAUCAUGGGGUGGAACUUUUCUCACAGCGGUUCUACGGAAGGGAGCCUACUCCAUCAAUGUACAAAGCAGCUGUUGGUGUUGCAGAUCGAGUGGCUCGCGCGCAGCACUUUCUCGUUCAAACAUGUGAUAGCGCAGAGGAAUAUUUACAGAAUGAUCUUGAAAUCCAGCUGGGGCUAGUGAACAAUGACCGUCACGGAAGAAUGAUCGAUCCUACCGGCGAGGAUGGUAUCACCGAGGAUUCCAACAUCUUUAUGACUAUGAAAAACAACGACAAUGAAAAUACUGUAUUUGUGUCUGUCUUUGAAGUCGAGGUGAAUGGACAGAUCAACGCAGUUACCGAAAAUCCGGAUGGAAUCGAUUUGCCCCCGGGAUGCAGUCACACAAUCGGCAGUACCAACUUCAAGCUUGAGGGACUCAAGGUCCAAUGGCCACUCAACAUACCCAAACGACAACCGGUGUUGGAUACCUUGGUCGUCGUGGCUUCAAAUCGCCCUGUCAACUUGCAAUUUUUGACAAACUCCGAUGCUGCUGCACGAAGCACCGCCACAGAUCAGUCCUCUUUAGAAAGUCGACUUCUUCGGCUAGUACAGGGCAGAGGCCGCCUUAUCGUGACCGGAAAAAGGAUAUCGAAAACCCGUUAUGAUAUCUUUCAUUUCCCUUUUUUGUUGACACCCCAUAAGCUUCAAACAGCCAUAUGA